AAUGCAUCCAAGUAGCACAAGAAAGAAAGAGAUUGCAUACUCCUCCUCCUCCUAUAGCCACUCUGCAACAGUCGAUUUUGCCCUCCAUGAAGUUUCUUUUCUAUUCUUCUCUUUUAUUAACAAUACUGUUAUCAUCAUGUUGGUCAAAGAAAAAUUGGGCGGCUUCAGAUUCAGAAAAUGAAUUUCAUGUUCUGGACAUCGCAGCACAUCUAUCCACCUCAGUUUGCCAAACGACCCCCCCUCCAGGUUUAAAGAAGAGACAAUCGUCGGCAGUAGCUGAAGUGAUCCACAGGCACGGCGCGUGCGCUGCUGAGCUGCUCUCGAAGAAUCAAACAAAAUCAUCCCAACCGCGCUUGGGUGACCAAUCAAGGGUUAACAGCUUCAUCCAGAAGCGACAGCGAGGCCGAGGCCGAGACUUGCCCGUCUAUUCGGGCCAUUUCCUACAUGAUGGCAACUAUAUCGUCACCAUGAGCCUCGGCACACCAGAAAGAAAACUCUUUCUAAUUCUCGACACCGGCAGCGACCUGACAUGGUUUCAAUGCCAACCGUGCUCUCUGACCUGCCACACACAACAAGGCCCGAUAUUCGACCCCUACAAGUCCACUUCGUAUUCGGACAGUAGUUGGAAUUCCUCUGAGUGCUCUGCUUUGGCGGCUUCAUGCAUUCCUGGUCGUUCCAUAACCAACAAAUGCACCUACACAAUCACAUAUGGUGAUGACUCCGUGAGCACCGGAUACCUCGGCAAAGACAAACUUACCAUAGCACCAAACGAGGCUUUCCCAGAUUUCGCGUGUGGCUGUAGCCUAUUCACUCAGGGAAAUUUUGGGCUCGAGAAUGGACUUGUGGGCCUCGGCAAAGGACCCAUAUCCUUGGUCUCCCAAACUGCUAAAAAGUACGGAGGAUGUUUCUCCUACUGCCUCCCGUCCACCUCCGCCAAAGGCUUUCUCUUGUUGGGAAAAGAUUACGAUCACACCACCAAAUUCACGCCUUUGAUUGAUCACCCAUCAUCCUACAUCGUCAACAUAACCGCCAUAGCCGUGGAAGGACGCAACUUACCUGCCAACAAUAUAUAUAUGCCGCCGAUACCUAUCCUGGUAGACUCGGGAACGGUCAUCUCCCGUCUCCCGUCGGACGUAUAUAAAGCGUUGAGCAGCAAAUUCAGGCAAGCCAUGCGCACUAAAUACGGAUACAAGGGGGACUUCUUUGGUGAUGGAUUCUUUGACACUUGUUUCGUUCCUAACAGCAAUAAAACUCCUGUCCCGUCUGUGUCAUUCACCUUUCAGAAUAACGUGAAAGUCGAUUUGGAUGCUUCCGGAACAGUUUAUGUUUUCAACGAAUCGUUUGUCUGCCUUGCUUUCACUGACGAUAAUUUCGCUAUUUUCGGCAACACUCAGCAAAAGACAUUCGAGGUCGUGUACGAUGUUGCCGGCCACAGAUUAGGGUUCCGCCGAGGCAUGUGUACUUGACUGCUUUCACAAAUACACUCAAUCAUUUCACCUCUUACUGUAAUAAAGGGUGACUUUUUUNUUUUUUUGUUU